UCGUCAUCAUGGAUCUUCCGUGUCCGCGGUGGCAAAAUCACAUUGCAGAGAAAUGGAGCAGACUCGAUCCUGAGCUAAAAGAAAAAUUCACUUCUCUGCUUGAAGUAGAUGAUGUUUUCAAAUUUGCUUCAAGUCUGACCAACCAACAUGAUCUGGAUUAUCUGCAGUCAGUUUCUGCAGGACAUUUGAUGAAGAAGGACAGAGAGGAAGCAGCCAGAUGCAGGGAGAGGGGGAACACCUGCUUCAAGGCCAGGGACUUUAAAGCAGCAGCRCUGCACUAUUCACAGGGGGUAUGUUUUGCCCCCCAGCAUUCAGAUCAGCUCUCUCUGUGCUAUUCCAACCGCUCUGCUGCACUUUUACACCUGCAGCUCUACCAGGAAUGCCUUGAUGACAUUGGCAGAGCCGUAAACAGCGGCUAUCCAGCUCAUCUUUCCCACAAAUUACAGGACCGUCGCACUCAGUGUCUGAAUCACCUUGCUGGAUGUGAAAUGACAGGAAAAGAUGAUCAGAAAUCUUCCUCGAAGAACAGUAAAGGUGUUGGGAUUCGUCCCCAAGUCUGUGUCGGCUACAGCUUGGACAAAGGGCGACACCUGGUGGCUGAGAAGAAGAUAGCAGCUGGGGAGGUGAUCCUUACUGAGAGGCCGUACAGCUGUGUUCUCAUACCAGGAAUGAAGGAGGUUCAAGGAAAUAAAGGAGGAGAGGCGAAGUUCGGAARGGAGCACAGGUGCUGUCACCGGUGUUUAGCUGAGACUCUGAGCCCCGUGCCGUGUGAGGGGUGCAGCUACAGCAGAUACUGUUCUACUUCCUGUCAGAGAGCAGCCUGGGGAGAGCAUCACCGCUGGGAGUGUCCACUUGGAGCAGAUCUGAUGGUGAUGGGGGUGAUGGCCCAGCUCGCCCUGAGGGUAACGCUGAAGGCUGGGUUUGCAGGCAUCCGAACCGCACGUCAGCCAAUCGGAGAUGAGCACAAGAAGUUAGCGCCAUCCAGCUGUGACCCUUACCUGACCACGUUUCACUUGCUGCACCAUAUAAACAACCAAAGCGCUAGUCUGCGCUUCCUGUGCGCAGUCACCAUCGCAGUGCUCUACUCGAGGCUAAGCAAGGAAGUUUCUCURCCCGGAUGCUCGUCAUCUGACGGGCCAAACGUGGAGGGAGGCGAUGUGGAGCUUUGGGUGUUGGGAAGUGCAAGUCUGAGGCACAUGCUGCAGCUGAGGUGUAACGCUCAGGCGAUCAUCACUCUGCAAGAUACAGGAGCAGAGAACUCCCACGUGCAGUCCAGAGAGGAGCUGCGUCUCGCCACAGCCAUGUUUCCAACUCUCAGCCUUCUCAAUCACUCCUGCUGUCCCAAUACCAGCCUGGUGUUCAGCACCGGAGCCGCUGCUGAUCCCCGUGGUCCACACGAAUCUGCAGAAAUCGGUGAAGGUCUUCCUGAGGACGAGCACGAGGCUCAUGGGGUCAUAGUGACGAUCAGAGCAGCGAGGGAUAUUACUCCUGGACAGGAAAUCCUACACUGUUAUGGUCCUCACYGCAGUAGGAUGGUGACCAAAGAACGCCAGCGCCUCCUGCAGGAGCAGUACUACUUCCUGUGCGAGUGUGAGGCCUGCAGCGUGCAGGAGGGGCAGCAGCAGUGGGACAGUACCAGGGGCAGCAGGGAUGGAUCUGGACUGCUGUGUUUAAAGUGCAAAAAAGCUCUCGAGAGAGUCUGUGAAAGCAGAGGUGAUUUUACAUGUCAGCAGCCAGCCUGCGGUCAUCGCAUGUCUUUAGCAGAAGUGAGCCACGAGCUGCAGGAGGUCAGGGUUGCUCUGGAGAGAGCGGUAGAGCUCAUGGAGACAGAAAAGCCAGAUGAGGCUCUGAGACUACUGAAAAAGACAAAAUGUCGGUCUGGAUGGAUCCUUGGAGAGACGCAUCCUCUGCAUGGAGAGCUGGCUGAUGCCACAGCCAGAGCGUACGCUUCCAUGGGCGACUGGAAAAAUGCAGCAGUCCAUCUGGAGCAGAGUGUUGUAGCUACUGGCUUCCAGUAUGGAGAAGACAGCGUGGAACUGGGACAGCAGCUUUUCAAGUUGGCUCAGCUCCACUUUAAUGGUGGUGCCAGAGAUGCAGCCCUUUCUGUCAUUCCUAAGGUCAGACACAUCCUCUCCCUUCACUGUGACCCAAKCUGCCCUGAACUACAGGAACUGACGGCCAUGGAGGAAUGUCUGCGAGGGUAGACUUACAGAAAUAACCUCAUGUCAUAUUUAUAAUUUUGUAUUUAAAUAAAAUGUUAGAAUAUGAAAACUUUCUGAUUGUAGACCUUAUGUGAGAAGAAAUAGUUACUGUUUAUAAAGUGUGUGUGCGUGUGUGUGUGUGUGUGUGUCAGACUGUGUCCAUCAGUAACUUUAAUUUCAUGCUUCAAUGCAUGACUCGUAGUCUCCCACUGCAAGACAACUUAAGCACCAGAGACUUCCAGGUUUCAUGUACUGUAAAUUAAAAAUAAGUAAUUGUGUGUUUUUUAUAUAUAUUUGUGAACUUUUUACACUUGUUUAGAAGUCUAUAAAAUAUUAAUAAUCGUGUGAAUGAAUCUGUAAAAUCUGCAAAUAUUCUCUGAUUCUGCACACAUGUGCAUCCUGCUAACCUUUAGAUGGCAGCAGUUAUCCGCAGACUGAUUCAAUUUCAUGCUCGAGCAGCUGGAAAGCAAGAUGAAGCUCUGACUCUUGAACCCACAGUGCAUGUUCCCCCGAGACCUUCAGCUGAAAAGUCUUUACAGGUCAGGUUUGAUUUUUUAAAGCACUGAUUGUGAGUAAUGAGGUGAAAUCAGAGGAAGGACUGAAAGAUUUGCUAGUUUUUAAGUAAAGAAAGAAAAUCCACGAUGAAAAAACACAACAAUGUCAUCACAGUUUGAAAUGUCAUGAGUAUUUGAAGGGCAGCCAAUCUGACAGGUGUGUCUUUAAAUGGGUGGCAUUUUGUAUUUUCCWGGCACAAUCAAUUAACUGUUYCCUUCAGUUGUWAUGAAAAMGCUGUAUUUAUCAAAAAUAAAUUAAGCUUCUC